GCGCUCAGCGGUGUUGGAGCUUCAACACGCAGACGUCGAAUCGCCGAUAUAUUAUUCUCUUUUUCUCUCUCUCUCUCUCUCAAAGAAAGGACAAAGGCCGAUCCACAAUCCAACAAGCAACAGCAUCCAGCAAUCAUCCACAACCAACCUGAGAGAACCGACCUUUCCGUCAUCGGUCUCCUCCAUUGUCAGAGUGAGGCUAAACGCAAAUUGGAGGAACAGCAUCUCAUUUGAUUUCUCUCACCAGGAACAUUCCCAAUUGAGGAUGGCGGAGAAGUUUAUCGUUGACAGCCCAGAUGUGACUUACACCAAAGAUUACAUUGAGGCAGAGUAUCCCUAUCAGACCACGCAAGUCCAUGAAGAGAAUGGAUCAAUUAAGGUGAAGCCAUGUUCAACCAAAUUCACCUUCCGCACGGAGAGAAAGGUGCCGAAACUCGGUGUAAUGCUAGUUGGAUGGGGUGGCAAUAAUGGAACCACAGUUACUGCAGCAGUUCUGGCCAACCAGUUGGGACUUCACUGGAUGACCAAAACAGGAAAGAAGGUUGCAAACUACUAUGGAUCCUUGUUUCAAUCCUCAACGGUAUGUCUUGGUGUUGGUUCUGCUGGUGACAUGUACAUUCCUUUCAAGGACCUGCUGCCCACCGUGAAUCCAAAUGACAUUGUUUUUGACGGCUGGGAUAUUUCCUCUCUAGAUCUGUGUGAUGCAAUGGAGAGAGCUCAAGUCCUGGACUGGCAACUGCAAGAACAGCUGAAGCCUUACAUGAAGAAGUUCCAGCCUCGACCUUCUAUUUACUUUCCAGAAUUCAUUGCUGCUAAUCAGGGUUCCCGGGCUGAUAAUGUGUUCCAUGGUUCCAAAAAGGAGCAGCUAGAUCAAAUUAGAAAAGAUAUCAGGGACUUCAAGACAAAGAGUGGUGUUAACAAAGUAAUUGUUCUGUGGACAGCAAAUACUGAGUGCUUCUGUGAUGUCAGUCGUGGAGUCAAUGACACUGCAGGAAAUCUCAUGAAGACAAUUGAGUGUGGAGGUGAUAUAUCUCCAUCAUCUAUGUUUGCUGUGGCCAGCAUUUUGGAAGGCUGUGCCUACAUCAAUGGAUCUCCACAGAACACUUUUGUGCCUGGAGUCAUUGAUCUUGCUGUCAAACACAAAGUGUUUAUUGCAGGGGAUGACUUCAAAUCUGGCCAGACGAAAAUCAAAUCUGUCCUGGUGGACUUUCUUGUCAGUGCUGGGCUAAAGACUGUCUCAAUUGUCAGUUAUAAUCAUUUGGGCAACAACGAUGGAAAAAAUCUUUCUGCUCCAGCGCAGUUUAGAUCAAAGGAGAUCUCAAAGAGCAAUGUUGUAGAUGACAUGGUUCAAUCCAAUCCUAUCCUAUAUAAACCAAAUGAGAAGCCGGACCAUUGUGUUGUAAUUAAAUAUGUCCCAUAUGUUGGAGAUAGCAAGCGUGCAAUGGACGAGUAUACAUCUGAGAUUAUGAUGGGUGGCACGAACACCAUUGUCCUCCAUAACACCUGUGAGGAUUCUCUGCUCGCCAGUCCACUUAUUCUGGAUCUGGUAGUCCUGACUGAGCUCUGCCAAAGAAUAACAUUCCGAACUGAAUCGGACACUGAAUUCCAAACAUUCCACAGUGUUCUCUCGAUUCUCAGCUACCUCUGCAAGGCCCCAUUGGUGCCAGGUGGAACUCCAGUUGUUAACUCUCUUUUCAAGCAAAGGAUGUGCAUCGAAAAUAUAUUGCGUGCCUGUCUAGCUCUUCCUCCUCAGAACCACAUGCUCCUGGAACAUAAGAUGCAAAGGAGUUUCAUGAGUACACGGAUAACUGAUCACUCGGCAGCUCAGCCUGUACCUCACAAAACUGCAAAACUUGACAAUAUCCUCAACAAGAACCAUGUCAUAAAUGGCUAUACAAAUGGUUAUGAGAAAUAACUUUAUAGAUGGUAUUGAAUUGCUGUCAGGUUACUCGUGAUGUGUUAGGCCUCUGUAUUUUGAAUUCAACUAUUGCAUCUGUAUCUGAUUGCUAUUUUAACACUUGAAGAUAAAUUCUGUUACACUUGGCAGCAUAUGCCCUCAUUGACUAUACAUAUGAUGUACUGCUUCUGCAGAUUGUUAAUUUUAAAUGUAUUCGGCCUAUUUGUCGCUAGUUGUUGUUUUACACUCUAAAGAUGUAAUCGGAUGUUUGGGAUUCUAAAAUAAAUUCCUUCAUCUUGGAGUA